AUGUCCCCUCUCCGAAUCGACACCUCCAUUGCGCGCAGUCCCGGCCCUUCCUCUGCCCAUUCCUACCGCUCGGGUCUAGCUCCGCCCUCCGCGACCAUUCGGGUUCGUGCACCCUCUCCCGCAUCUGCAACCUCCACCACUUCCUAUGCGUCCCCCAUACCAUCAUCCAACGCAUCUACCAGCUCUCUGCUGAUCCCCACUGACUCCGGGACCUAUUCGACUCCACCGACCUCCUUGGCGUCGUACAAGUCAAGGACGCCCACUCCAGAACCGCAGGUCAUGGCGGACUAUGUGCUCGCUAUGCACGACUUCAUACCCGAGCACAACAACGCCACUUGUCUAUCCUUCCGCGCCGGACAAGUCAUACAUGUCCUCAACCGUGACCCCUCAGGCUGGUGGGACGGCGAACUGGACGGCUCACGCGGCUGGUUCCCCAGCAACUAUGUCAAUGGCGAGCUGGGUUUGCUCGUCGACGACGACAACGAGUCGUCCAUGCCGACGGCGGACCGCAUCAACCACGCCCGCACUCGCUCGGGUGCCUCGGCGGCGUCUGUAGUCAGCGGCUUGCCCUCUCGGCAGGGACCAUGUCCACCUGUCAUGGUCCCCUUGCUGCAUGCACUGUCACUACUGCAGAACGCAGUACGCUCAAACCGUGUAGCGCACUUUCAGCCUUCGGUCGCUUGCAUCAUCUCGUGCGUGCGCUCUAUCCUCGCCGCAAUAGACUGCCUCAGUCGAGACGCGCCCAUACUUCGACGCUAUCCCACCCUCGCGCAGGAGCGAAAGCUUGUACUCGCCGACCUCGCAGCUAUCGUCACGCAGGCCAAACGCGCGGGUGUGGAGACGCGAGAUGGCGACCACGACGCCACAGAAGCCGAGAUCGAGCGAAUGGUUCGAUUAGGCGGUCAAGUCUUCUCCCGUGUACGACGGUUUCUGGCCGUGGCCGUCCAACACGGCGUGGAACUCCCCGACAAGGAGAUCAGCGUCGAGUACCCGUCGUUUGCGGCAGAGGCUGUGGCAGGUCCGGCUACCCCGAGUCGCGAUGAGGAUGAUACACUACGCGCUCCGUCUCGGCGUACAACCAAUGCUGUGGCGGCCAGAACACGAAUGCGUGUGCGGGAUAGGCCAGGUACCCCCGGCAGGGCGAAGAGUCUAAGUGACCUCCGCGCGCCACGACUCCCAUUUGCCAAUUCGAACGCAGAGCCCAUGCCCGCCAUAGCCAGGAAGCUUGAAGGUGCUCCAGACCUAUCCUCCGCCGUGCGCGCGCAUAUCCCUUCGCACAAGCAUGAAGCGUCGACAAGUAGCACAUCUUCCUCUUCGUCGCUAUCAUCCGUCGGCACUCCAACAACACCGCCGUUUCCGACUGGACCCUCGAGCACUGAAGAGCUCACCGAAGCAUUGCGACACACGCACUCACAGUAUUUAUCCGCUAUCGCCGCAUUCAUAGGGCAUGCCCACGCACAUACGCGCUCAUCCCAUGCAUCCAGCACCGGGCACGCCUAUUCGCUUGUCAAGGAGAUUGUACAGGCGGUCUGCCGUUUGCUCACUAUCGUCGAUGCGGUUUUGCGCCACCCUGGAGUCCCAUCACACAAAGCGGAAGGCCUGCGCUUGUCCAAGAAGGCGCUUUUCGACGUGACGACUGGCCUUACAGACGCAGUGCGAGGGCUCACAAACCCCUUGCCAGAAGGGCUUAGCGAAGAAGACGAGAUGAAUGCGCUCAUACGUGCGGCUACAGACGCAGUCAAAGUCGGCGCGGACUGUGUAAACUCCGUGAAGAUUUGUCUUGCGCGUACAGCUCCCAGCCCCGAUCGCGAGAAGGCUUCAGGCGAUAAGCAGUUCCUCGUUGUCGUACCGCGCGCAACGGGCGCCUCUCCUCCACUAUCUCCUCGUGGUUUCUUGCACGCGCAUGCACACAGUACGAGUGUGAAGGGGCAACUACUCCGAUCUGCAAGUGACGACGCUCUGCAUACACAUAUGCAUCAAGAGGACGACGAUAUGGUACAACUCGAGCAACCCCCUCCCAUUCAGAUCUCCGGUGCUGAGUCUAGGGAGCAGUCCCGCGGCCCAUCGCCCGUGCCGCAAACGCCAAUAUCCCCGACCUCGCCGACAAUCCAGCGACGGUUGCCAGCUCCGCUGACCAUCGACCCCAUAGGUCACGGCAGAGUCCAGCCAGACAUCCCGUCCCCACUCAGUAGUGCACGAACCGACGACGGAACGACAUGGGAGGGAGGCAUGCACGAAGAGCGCGUGCUUAACGCCGCACUGCCUUCUUUACCGUCUGUGCCCGUUCCAGCAUCCGGCCCGGCUCAUAGCGAUGCGUGGUUGGGCGCGCAUGACUACCCACUUGAGGAGGUCGCGUACAACAGCGAUGGUCAUCUUGUCGGCGCUUCGCUCCGCGCGCUUGUGGAGAAGCUCACCCCGCAUAACAGCCUCGUCGAUCAAGGCUUCCUGAACGUCUUCUUCUUAACCUUCCGACUCUUCACAACCCCCGCCGAGCUGCUCCAAGCGAUCAUACUGCGAUACAACCUCUUACCUCCGGCGGAGAUGGCGGACAGCGAGGAGCUCAUGGCUGUAUGGAUGCAGCGCAAAGGGGUUCCUGUGCGCUUACGCGUCAGCAACCUCAUCAGGAACUGGCUUGAAUCCUACUGGCGACCGGAGAAGGACCACAGUGUCCUCUCGCAGCUAAACGAUUUCAACCGUGAUGCGCUUGCACUCAUGUUCCCCGGCCCAGCUGGGCGCAUUAAGGAGAUGGUUCGCGUACGCGCUGCUCAAGCCGAGUCAAUCGGUCGCAGUAGCGGGACUCCUGCGAUGCCCACGACUCCUUCGCGCCCUAGCAUGAGCAGUCACAUGCCUCAGGCCGGGCUGCCGCUGAACCUCAACCCACCUGUGGUCAACUCUCCGAGCGAGAUUCCACGUCCGAUCAUGACGAAGGCGCUGCUUUCACGUCUCAGAACGCGCGAGUAUUCCAAUAUCGCCGUGACCGACUUCGAUAGCCUUGAGCUGGCAAGACAGCUCACGCUGAUGGAAUGCGCCAUGUACUGUGCUAUCUCGCCGGACGAGCUUCUGGAAGGUAGCGGCGAAGGCAACACAAAUCGCGCGGGUGUGCGGGCCAUGUCAGGACUCAGCACGACGAUUACUGGAUGGGUCGCUGAGAGCAUACUGAACGAGACGGAUGCGAAACGUAGAACGGCGCUUCUCAAGUUCUUCAUCAAGUUAGCGGAUAGGUGUACGGCCAUUCACAACUACAGCACAAGUCGCAGUAUUCUCGCCGCCCUCGAUAGCUCCACGAUCUCACGGUUACAUCAAACUUGGGCGGGUGUGCCACAGAAGCAGAAGCACCAGGUCGAGGCAAUUCGCAAGCUCGCAGAUCAUGCCCGCAAUUACCACGAGUAUCGCUCACGACUACGCAACACCCCGCCACCUGCUGUGCCUUUCUUAGGGUUAUAUCUCACCGACCUGACCUUCUGUCGCGAGGGAAACCCCAGCACACGCGCGAGUCCACUGGCACCCGACAAGAAGCUGAUCAACUUCAACAAGUAUCACAAAAUGGCGCGGAUCGUGCAGGACAUGCAGCGGUUCCAAGUCCCAUAUACGUUGAAGGAGAUCCCAGAGAUCCAGGCGUAUCUCGCAGAUGCCUUCGAGCGGUCAAAACACCAUGGCGAUCUGCAAGAUCUCUACCGUCGCAGCUUGCUUGUUGAGCCUAAGCAAUCAGCCGACCAUCCUCCGACUACAGCGACCAGCGCUCUCUUCCCCUGGGCGUCCCGCUCGCAGACCCCUUCAGUCGCAUCAUAA